AUGGUAAAAAUUCGUGCAUUUCAUGGGUACGUUGCUGACCAAGGAAUAGCCCACAAGCUAAUUGCUCCACCUUAUGACGUUCUUGACAGUGACGAAGCUCGUGCAAUGGCUGAAGGCAACCAAUAUUCUUUUUUGCAUUGCAAUAAGCCAGAAAUAGAUCUUCCUCAUGAUGCCGAUCUAUAUUCUGAAAUUGUCUACCAAACAGGCCAUGACAAUUUAAAGAAAUUUGUUGAAAAUGGCUGACUAAUUAAAGAAGAAAGCGAAAUUAUUUAUGUCUACGCAAUUACCAUGCAUGGAAGAACACAAUACGGAGUUAUGGCUGGAGCAUCGGUUAAAGAUUACGAGCACAACCGCAUCAAAAAGCAUGAACUUACCCGAAAAAAGAAAGAAGAAGACAGGACUAAACUCACAGACACCCAAGGUGCCAAUGUUGGUCCUGUAUUCCUUACUUAUGAAGCAGUAGAUGAGAUUGAUGCCCUCGUCAGAAAUGUUGCUGCAAGAGCUUCAUUUAUAGAUACAACGACUGAGGAUGGAAUAAGGCAUGUCUUAUGGAAGUGCACAAUAGAGGAAUCUCGGGAAUUAGUUGAGCUUUUUAAGUCUAUUCCUCAUACUUAUAUUGCUGAUGGACAUCAUAGAGCUGCUUCAGCCUUCAAUGUAGGGAAAAUCAGACAAAAAAGAGCUGAAGAAAAAGGAGAAAAACCAGCUAAAAGCAGCAAAUAUUUCUUGGCUUUGCAUUUCCCACAUAAUCAGCUUAAAAUUUUUGAUUAUAAUAGAGUUUUGAGAGAUUUGAAUGGAUUGACUGCAGAGCAGUUCUUGACAGCUUUAAGAGAAAAUUUUGAAUUAUAUGAUAUACAAGAUCCUCAUCCUCCUGCAAAGCAUCAUUUUUCGUUGUACCUCAAUGGGAAGUGGAUUGGUUUUAAAAUUAAACCAGAAAAAAUUGUUGGAGGUGACCCAGUAAGCAAUUUAGACUCAUUUUUAUUGACUAAAUUAUGCUUACUCCAUGUGAGCAAACAAAAAAUUUUAUUAUAUAAAAAAUUAUUAAAAAUAUUUUGAUAUUAGUAUUCAAUUUUAAUUUAUUUUUUAAACAGAAAUUAAAAAAUUAAUCGGUUCAAUCUGAAAAAUGUUUUAAUUGCAUUCUAACUGCAUUUAUUUUCAUUAAAUUAAGUCAAAAUUAAUUUAUUUUCAUCUUUAAAAACAUUUUAAAAUUUUAAAAAAUAUAAGUUAAGCAAAAUACUUUGAAUUUUAUUUGUUUUAUGAAGAAUUAAAUAAAAAAUUAAUCGAUUCAGUGUGAAAACUGUUUAAAUAGCACUCUAGCUAGUUUGAAAAAUAAUAAAUUUUAUAAAUUAAAUUAACCUUUACUUUCUCAUUUUUGAAAAAAAAUAACCCAAGCUCAUGGAGGGAAGAGUUAGCACCAAUUUUGGAAAUAGAAGAUUUAACCACAAGUGAAAGAAUUGAUUUUGUUGAAGGAUAAUUAAAUACGGCGUCUCAGCAGGUAUAUAUUUGAUUAAAUUCGGCAAAUCCAGAAAUUGACAGCAACGAUAGUUAAGCAAUUCCAGCAGUGUUAAGAAGUCUGCUUUCAGAUUUAUUUUACCUUAACUCCCCCCCCCCCCCUCCGUGAGCGAACAAAACCAUUAGAAAAAUCGCCAUUUUUUGACCAAAAAACCCACCCUCCGUGAGUGAACAAAAAUUUUUUUUAAUAGAAAAAAUUUUAAUGGAAAAAAAUUUUGAUAUAUAAGUGAUAAUUAGUAUAAUGAAAUCUAGAGCUAAUUCUGUUUAAUUUUAAACAAAUUGCGUUUUAAAACAUAAAUUUUGCAAAUUAAAUUAAUAUUUGCUUCCCAAUUUUUGCAAAUUAGGAUUUUUUUAAAUUUUCGAAAAAAAUAUUUUUUAUAAAAUUUAUAUAUAUAAAUUUUUUUUAAAAAAAAAAAUUAACCCCCCUCCGUGAGCGAACAAAAUUUUUUUGUUCGCUCACGGAGGGGGGGGGGAGUAAGGAAAAGGAGGGGUAGAGCUAGAAAUGGGGAGGCUCAGCACGGUCUGCAGGUAAUGCCGAGGCCAAUCGGACAAAUCUCUAGUUACGCCCCAAUCUCUUUUGCUAAAAGUGGACUAGAAAUUCCAUUUUUUUAGGAUUUCUAUGUCAAUAGCCUUUUAUUCAGCCCAAGCCACAGGAGUUCAUAGUCCACUCAGUGCUGGAGCCACAAGGCAAAGAGGAGAGUGCAGUAGGAAGAGCAAAGACUUCGAAUAUCCCAUGACCUUCCAAGAUGGUACCGAUCUUUUUCUCACAGGCUGAAUCAUCUUAACCUGGCCAGACCGGCCAACGGAGCCGCAAAGCGGAUGAAUCCUGACAAGUCCUUGGUGACUGCAUUACCACUAAUCUGAAGCAAAUUUAUAAUCAAAAUAAGAUUUUGUUGGAGGAAUUAGAGGUUUAGAGGAGCUCGAAAAAAGAUGUGGAAAUGUCAAGCCAUUGACCUGGGAACAGAUAACACUGAACAUUUUCCACGAAAUCAAUGACGCAAGAACCAAUCCCCAAAAAUUUGCAGAAAGGAUUGAGCACACCCUCAAAAGCUAUAAAGAAAAUAGAUCAAAGCAUAGAGCUGGGUCAGUCCCUAUAAUGACUAGAGAAGGUAUCAGUGCUGUCAUAGAAGCCAUUAAUGCACUCAAAGCAUCUGAACCUUUGCAUGCUUUAUCCUGGUCUGAAGGUCUUGCUAAGGCAGCUCAAGCUCAUUGCAAUGAUUCUGGAUCGCUUGGAAUUAUUGGUCAUGUCGGAUCAAUGGAAAAUAACCUUCAGGACCGUGUCGAAUACUUCGGAAGAUGGUCCGGAAGUGUCGCAGAAGCUUUAGACUAUACUUCAGUCGAUGGCUUUGAAGUUGUAUGUGCAUUUUUAAUUGAUGAUGGCCUACCUACUCGUCCUCACAGACACGCAUUGCUUAACCCAGAUUUCCAUAAGGUUGGCAUUGGAUCUGGCCCUCAUUCAGAAUAUAAGACUACAUCUAGCAUAAUUUUUGCAGGAGAUUUUCAUGAUAGUGCUGAAUCUGAUAGUGUAGAAGUCCCUGGGGGCGCUCCAGAACUAGCUGAUGAAGUUUAUAAUUGGCUUGAUGGAGCUGUUAAAGUGACUUGCAACUUGAGAACUGAAACUGUUGGAGGGAAAACGAGGAAAAUCAUGAAGAAGAUUUGGGAAAUGUCGGAUGGGACUGAACAGAUCACUGAAAAUGAAGUGAAGGAGGAUAACGGACUUGUGAAAAAGGACUGUGUAGCUGCUAUUGCACUUUAUCCAGUUCAGGUUGAAGAAGUGAUGGCUAUUGCAGAUGCAGGCCAGAUUAUGCCGCCAAAAUCGACGUGGUUUGAACCAAAGCCAAGGUCUGGGAUGGUGGUGAAUAUAUAGCCUUUACCCAUAUAUAGAUUUCUUUAUCGAGCAAGUUAAAAUAGAUGAGGAAAGACCUUGAAGGAUUCUAUCGAAGGGACGAGCUGGGAUCCCAUGGCAUGAAGGACUGAAAAGUGUCAAAAAUGGUUGACAAGAGGGUAUAGUUGGCAGCCAAACCCGCCAAUUUUUAAAAUGGCCUUAUUAUUAUAAUUAAUUUUUAAAUUAAGAUUCCUUUUUUAAACUUUGAUAAGUAUCUUACCAACUUUUUUCUGUUUUCUGUAGAAUUUAGGCUCAAGUAAGUAAAUGCAGUGGGAUAAUCAUUUAUAAAAAGGGUAUCCUUUCUUAAGAGGCCUCUAAGAAUAUUUACACAUUUAUACUCAUAUAAAAAAUCGAAUUAAAAAAUCAAAAGCUUUAAUUUGAUGUGUAUUUUAGCGGAAGGAUAGAAUCUUAAAAAAAUGCCAAUUUGUUAAUGAAAAUUGGAACUCUUAUCUCUAAAGUCUGUAUUGAAGAAUUUUAUAAAAAGAAUAAAGAAUAUUAAUCUGCAAUUUUCUAAUAAAAAUUUGGAACUCUUAUUUCUAAAGUCUGUAUUUUAAAGAAGUCCAUUGUAAGCCUUUAGAAAAAAAAUUUUAAAAUUUUAUAUAUGAAUCUUAAGAAUUUCAUGAGCAAUGAACUUCCUUCAAUACGAACUUUUAUAAAUAAGAGUAGUAAUUCUUCAUCCACAAAUUGGUAUUGUUUUUAUAAAAUUCUAUCCUUUUACUAAAACGCACAUUGACUUGCAAGCUUUGAUUUUUAAUUAUGAAGCUAUAUUUAAUUUUGCUAAAUACUGUCUUUAAGAGAUUUCUAAUUUAAAGAUUAUAUUUUAGUAAUAAGGCCAUUUUUAAAAAUUGGCGCGUUUGUUUGCCAACUUGAUUCAUACUUGCCAACCAUUUUUUGAUAUGCUACUUUUCAGUCCAUUAUGCCACAGAGAUCCAGCUUAGCUCUUUGAUAGAAUCCUUCAAGGUCUUUUCCCAUCUAUUUUAAUUUUCUCGUAGAGAAAUCUAUAUAAGGGUAUGGGCUAUAUUUAAGGAUGAUUAA